AGUUCCAACCAUUCAACUACUCUACAUUCAGCGCUUCCCAAACGUUUCAUCGAAACUACGUAUUUAAUUAGUUUCUUAGCAUCGAAAUAUUCAGGAAUAUAGACUCAAAUGAAUGUAAAUCGCCAUGAACGGGUAUCUUUAUUGGUUUUGAGUCGGUUUGGGAAUAAUCGUCGCUGUCAACGGAGUUCUGACUGGACGACAAACACUCUGAGACACCACGGAAAACUUUAAUAACUACAAUGAAUAUAUGUAUUCUCUUAUAGUUUACUCAGAUCUACAGCAAUAUGAAGAUCUCUUUUUUAUUUUUCUGCUUGUCACUUUCGGACGGUGUGUUUGGUGAUGGUAUAGAUGAAAUCAAGUCUGUGUUGGUGAUUGAGGGAGAUUCUGUCACUCUACACACUGAUGUUAGUGAAAUGCAAAGAUUUGAUCUGAUAGUCUGGACAUUUGGACCUGAAAAUAUUCGAAUUGCUCAACUUAGAGUAUCUCAGAUCAGCUCUAUAUAUGAUGUUGAUGAUGGGAGAUUCAGAAACAGACUACUAUUGAACAACAAGACUGGAGAUCUCACCAUCACAAACAUCAGAAUCAAACACUCUGGACUUUAUGUACUACAGACGUUUGGUGGAAUUGAUGUCCUACCCAAGAAAUUCAGUAUUAAUGUUUUUGCUCAUCUGCCGGUUCCAGUGAUCAUCAGAGACUCUUCUCAAUGUUCUUCAAGCUCUAAAUGUGUGUUGGUGUGUUCAGUGGUGAAUGUGACACAGGCGACUCUCUCCUGGUACAAAGGAAACAGUUUAUUGUCCUCCAUCAGUGUGUCUGAUCUCAACAGUCUCUCUCUACCUCUGGAGGUGGAAUAUCAGGAGAACAACAUCUACAGCUGUGUGAUCAACAAUCCCAUCAGAAACCAGACUAAACAUCUCAACAUUAAUGAAGUCUGUCAGACAUGUCCAGUGGACAACUCGAAGAAAAUUAAAGAACCCACAGUAUAUAUAGUGCUGAUAUCAACUGCUGCUACUGGAAUAUUCGUGGUCCUGAUUUUUGUGACGAUAUUCUGCAUUAGCAGGAAAUUAAAACAUCAACACGGUCUUAAUGAUGAUACGCAAAAAAGUGUGAAGACGGUGAAAGCGAAGGAAGGCGAGUCUGUCACUCUAAACACUGGAGUUACUGAAAUAAAUGGAUUUGAUCUGAUUCAGUGGAAAUUUGGAGAAAUGGGCACAAGCAUCACUACCCCGUUUACUGCCAUAGGUAGAGUAAAAAUUAGGAAAAAUGUGACAUUGAAUUCAUUGAAUGAAGAUAAAUUCAGUGGCAGACUGCAACUUGAUAAGGAAACUGGAUAUCUUACCAUCACAAAUAUAAAAACCACGGACAGUGGACUUUAUAAAAUGAAAAUCAAAAACAACAUGUCGAAGAUCAGCAAAACAUUCUUUGUUGAAGUCUCUGAAUCCACAGAAACCCAAGGGAAUGAUAUAGAGGGAACAAACACGCCAUUGAUGAAUGAGGCAUCAGUAUGAAACAACUACAAUUGAACGGCAUAUUUCAACUGUUAUGUGCCUCCAAAGUUACCGUAUAUAAAUACAUUGUGUUUGAAAUCAACCACUGUGUGCUAUUGAUUUCAUAUUUAUAUGUUUUCAGCUAUUAUACAUUGAUGGAACACUUGAUCAGUCCACAAUAUGUUCUUCUUACAUUUACAUUAUGCAUUUGGCAGAUGCUUUUAUCCAAAGCGACUUGCAAUGAAUUUAUUACAGGGACAAGUGCCUUACUCAAGGACACAAUGGUGGUGGCUGUGGGGUCGAACCAGCAACCUUCUGAUUACCAGUUAUGUGCUUUAGCCCUCUACGCCACCACCACUCCAUUCUUUCACUACACCCCUCUGUAUGUUUUUUAAAUGUUGUAUUUUAUACUUGUUACAUUACAUGUGCAUUACAUAUUGCAUGUGUAACAUUGUUCAUGCGUGCUCAUUCUUCAUAUUGUGUGAUUUGUGUAAACUUUACAGUGCCAUGAAACUCUAAACAAGUUUUACGGGUUAUCUGAUAGCAAUGGUGGAUAAACCUGAUUAUGGAGGAUAUGGUGGAUAAAUCACAUGAUCAGACAUGAAUGUGAAAUCUUUAAUGUGAUUCAUCUGCUGUUCUCAGUGUGUGGUCAUCUCUGUCCUCUAGUGGACAAACUGUGUUAAACCUUUUGCUUCUUUCCAAACGACAUUGUUUUUAUUCUCAAAAUCAAAACAGUCCUAUUAAAUAGAAAAUA